CCUACUAAUUUACCAUCCUCCUCGGAGAAUCAGAGAAGUGACGCCCAAUAGAGGAUUGAAAUUUUUCUAAAAACAAAAGCAAAAUGCUGCACCAGAGCAAGAACUAAAGAAUAUGGGAUGUGGAUGCUCCACUCUCUCAACACCCAAUCACAACCUUUUUCUCUCUCUUUCCUCAACACUUCCCAUCAAACCAAAAUCAAAUUCUUCUAACUAUCACCCAACUUUUUCAUUUCAUUCCCAUCUCCCUAAUCUCAGCAACAUAACCAUGUCUCAAUCCCCACUUCCAUCAUCUCUUCCUCCCAAUUCCAGCAAAAUCGUCUCAUUUGAAACCCACCAAGAAAUUUCUGAAAAACCCAUCUUCAAUCCACAUGAAAUUAAUCCAAAAUUGCUUCAGAAAUUGCUUUAUGAUGGCCUGGUUUGGUCUUCUCUUCAUGGGCUUCUUGUUGGAGAUAGAAAUGUUCUGAGAUCAGGGACAGUUCCUGGGGUUGGUAUGGUUCAAGCCCCAUUUUCUCUUUUGCCUGCAUCAUUCCCUAAGGAUCACUUCAAGCAAGCAUGUGAAUUAGCUCCAAUUUUCAAUGAACUCUUCGACCGUGUCAGUUUGGAUGCGAAAUUUCUCCAAGAUUCAUUAUCGAGAACCAGAAAAGUGGAUGAUUUCACGUCAAGACUGUUAGAUAUUCACUCCAAGAUGAUAGAUAUUAAUAAGAAAGAGGAGUUACGCUUGGGCUUACAUCGCUCAGAUUACAUGCUUGAUGCACAAACCAAAUCACUUCUCCAAAUAGAGUUCAACACAAUCUCAUCUUCAUUUUCUGGGCUUUCUUGUCUUGUCAGUGAACUUCACAGGAACUUGCUUGGUCACUAUGGAAGUCAGCUUCAAAUGGACUUCAGAAAGGUCCCUGAAAAUACAUCUGUUCAUCAGUUUGCAAAGGCACUAGCUGAAGCUUGGCGAGAGUACAAUAAUCCAAGGGCUGUUGUUCUAGUUGUGGUUCAAGCUGAGGAACGCAACAUGUAUGACCAGCAUUGGCUAUCUGAUGUAUUGAGAGAGAGACAUGAUGUUACAUCUAUCAGGAAGACAUUAGCAGAAAUUGAUGCAGAGGGCGAGUUACUGCCUGAUGGAACACUUGUUGUACAGGGGGAAGCAAUUGCAGUAGUGUAUUUUAGAGCUGGUUAUGCACCUACUGAUUAUCCUUCUGAGUUGGAGUGGCGAGCUAGGCUAUUGGUGGAGCAGUCAUCUGCUGUGAAGUGUCCUUCAAUUGCAUAUCAUUUAGCAGGUACCAAGAAGAUUCAGCAGGAGCUUGCAAAAUCCAAUGUACUUGAGAGGUUCCUUGAUAACAAAGAUGACAUCGCCAAAGUUAGAAAAUGCUUUGCAGGCCUGUGGAGUUUAGAUGAUACUGAAGUUAUUUUAGAUGCGAUUGAAAAACCUGAGUUGUACGUGAUGAAACCUCAGAGAGAAGGCGGAGGAAACAACAUUUACGGAAAUGAUGUGAGAGAAGCGCUUCUAAGAAUACAGAAGGGGGGAUCAGAAGAUAAUGCUGCAUACAUUCUCAUGCAACGAAUCUUUCCGACUAAUUUCCCAGCGCUUCUGGUAAGAGAAGGCAUCUGUCACCAAGAUCAUGCUAUAUCAGAGCUGGGCAUAUAUGGUGCUUAUCUGAGAAACAAAGAGAAGAUUAUCAUGAAUGAGCAAUGUGGUUACUUGAUGCGGACGAAGGUCUCUUCAUCAGAUGAGGGUGGAGUUGCAGCUGGUUUCGCUGUCUUGGACAGUUUAUAUCUAAGUUGAUAGCUUUAAGGAAAACUAUUCAGUACUGCUGUACUGCUGAAGUUUGGCAUUUGGACAUCCAUUGAUUUCUUCAGCUCAUUUUGGCAUCACCAUGUAGUUCACAACGGCCUUGUGGGCUGUGGCACUGAAUGCAGGGACAAGUUUCUUCAGACUUUCUUGCAAAUAAUUUUUUUUAAAAAAAUUCUGUUCCUCGGCCGUUAAGUAAUUAUGGUUUUGGUUUUUGGUCGUUAGAUUCAUAUAGGAAGUUCUGCUUCAAAGUUUCCCAUCUUGGAUUCUUCGGAAUCUAAUUCCUAUGUACAUUUCCUUGAAAGUCCUUGUAAUUUGUUUGGUCAACAUAAGGAAAGUUGCACUUCCUAUCAUGGGAGAGUUACAA